CAGUUAUUGAUGUACACAUUUAAAAAUCCCUGAAGAUCGACGCUAUCUUUUGUAACAUUAUGGGCCUGCUUGCGACCUGCGAAUUCACGCAGCAGCCACGCACGUUUGAAGUAUCGUUGGCAGCAGUUCGUGUUUUAGUUCCUGUAAGGUGCUGCAGCAGAGCACGCCACCGUAGAGGUUUUCACAUAUGGGAGUUUUAAGGCCUUGCACUACUCUCUCAAGCGUCCUUUACGCUAUUUAAGUUCAAAAUUUAAUAAAAAAAAUGUACUGCCAUUGUUUAUUUGUUUUAGAAAGAAAUUAGUACUUUUGGAAAAGUGUAGAAAACGGCGGUUUUGAUCGUAGUCCAAGACCAAGCCCAAGACCAAAUGGUCAAAUAUUGGAGCUCAAUCGACGCCGAAUUUAAUUCUCUACAUAUUUCGUAAUAUACAGUUAGUUAAACGCUCCGUUUUCUAAAGAAAGAAAAAAAUACGGAAAUAUUGAGCUUUUUCUCAUAACUAUUGAUGCUCAACUCGAAAAUCGAGGCUAGCCAGUUUUCUCUUAUCAGAGAUCUAAGUAGUGAUUAAAACAAUUAACAGAAUUCCGGGAAUUUUGGGAAAGCAGACCCAUUUUUUGAUGUAAUAUUUCUGGCAUAGCUUAUUCAUCUCAAAAUUCUGGUGGAAUACCAAGUUUCCUUGUACAAUAAAGAAAUACUAUUAUCUGAUGGAGUUGAACAGUUACCGUGAAACCAAUUACUAGGACUCCAUUUCAUAUUUACUCACAAUGACCUUCAUCAUUAAAAGAAAAAACUUAUUUGGUGACCUUUGAACCUUGAUAAGAAACUUGUACAUAAAAAUUUAAAAGCUCUGAAUAUAUUGUUACCUCUCAUUGUCGUACAUUUACAAUUAAAUUGGACCAUAAAUAUGUGAACAAAUAUUCAUGGCCAGAGAUUAUUAUUUAAAAUACGUUAGUGUAGUAUAUUAUUUCAAUACAUGAAAAUAAUCUCAAGAGGAAACAUGGAGUAAUCAAAACAAGAGAUCAUGUGAUAUUUCUACACCGUAUUAGGCAGAAAAUGCAUGUUUAAGAGCAAACAAUAUUUCUUCAAGAAGAGUGAUACAAAUAAAAUCUGUGUAAAUGAUGGCUUUCAGAAUCUCAGUGGUGAUAUUAUGCAUUCUAUUUCAUUAUUAUGAAGGAGCUUCUAUAGGAAACAAAGAUUUCUGCAGUAAAUUAAUUUUUAAGCUCUCACUUUUCAGUCAAAGGCAAGAAAAUGGGAAAUGGGAAACACAUGUUGAACUGAACAAAGGGAACACCACUGAAGACUCAGAACAUGAGAAAGAUCUUCAUUUAGAUGUUAAACAAACAAUUGCUACAUGCAAUUGUACAAAAGAUGUGUUAAGUGUAGAAGCAAACAUCAUAGCCCCUCCUCCUCGACCCAGCAAAAAUUACACUUUAUAUGCUGGUCAUGGAUAUUAUUUUCUGCAAAAAUUGCUUCAGCAAUCAGAAGAAGCCAACUUUUUAUGUAACAAUGAAGGAGCUCAUUUAGCAGUCAUUAAUUCAAAGGAAGAAGCUGAUAUUGUUAAAAAAGUUAUUCAAGAUACAAUGGGCCAUGAUAGUGCUAACAAAGAAGUAUUUGUUGGUUUAUAUAAACAAGCAGGAGAUAAUAUCAUCACUGUGUAUGGUGAUGCUUAUGAAGUACCAGAUGGCAUUAUACAGGAAAAUGAUGACAGAAAACAAGAACAAGAUAAUUUUGUAAGUCUCUGCGGAACUAUCAAUGUGAAAGGAAAUCUGAAAUUUGUUCCAUGUAAGUGGAAAUUACCCUCGAUAUGUGAACAAGAACUAUAAUGAAUACGAGAAGUACUGUUAACAUAAAGGAGUACUUUAAUUUUUUAUAAUAAUUCAAACGAUAGUCGUCAAAAUCAAGAUUAUCUAAACAUCAAAGAUACUUCAGAUGGAGCUACAUUGCUAUUUGGACUUAAAUUUGAAUAAUGAUUGCGUCUGUCAUAUUAUGUCAAAUGUACAAAUAUUAAAUUAAACAUUUAAAAACAAA